CGCGGGCGGCCGCCGGGGCUCGGGCACCGCCGCAGCUGCUCCGGCCGCGGGCCGCCGGCCCCAUUUCCGCCCGCUCUUCGCCCUCACGCAUCCUUCCAGAUCUCCUUUUUCUCCUUCCUCUUUCGUUGAUCCCCUGUCUUUCCUGCUGUCGCCUCGGGUGCUCCUCCAGCGGAGCGGAGAUUACCGAGUGGUCGGGAUGCCCCAACUCUCCGGGGCCGGCGGCGGCGGCGGCGGCGGGGGAGACCCGGAACUCUGCGCCACCGACGAGAUGAUCCCCUUCAAGGAUGAGGGCGAUCCUCAGAAGGAGAAAAUCUUCGCCGAGAUCAGUCACCCCGAAGAGGAAGGCGACUUAGCCGACAUCAAGUCCUCCUUGGUUAAUGAGUCUGAAAUCAUCCCGGCCAGCAACGGACACGAGGUGGCCAGACAAGCACAAACCUCUCAGGAGUCCUACCACGACAAGGCCAGAGAACACCCUGAUGACGGAAAGCAUCCAGAUGGAGGCCUCUACAACAAGGGACCCUCCUACUCAAGUUAUUCCGGGUACAUAAUGAUGCCAAAUAUGAAUAAUGACCCAUACAUGUCAAAUGGAUCUCUUUCUCCACCCAUCCCAAGAACAUCAAAUAAGGUGCCUGUGGUGCAGCCAUCACACGCGGUCCAUCCUCUCACCCCCCUUAUCACGUACAGCGACGAGCACUUUUCUCCAGGAUCACACCCCUCACACCUCCCUUCAGAUGUCAACUCCAAACAAGGCAUGUCCAGACAUCCUCCAGCUCCUGAGAUCCCUACCUUUUAUCCUCUGUCUCCAGGUGGUGUUGGACAGAUUACCCCACCUCUUGGCUGGCAAGGUCAGCCUGUAUAUCCCAUCACGGGAGGAUUCAGGCAACCCUACCCAUCCUCACUGUCAGUCGACACUUCCAUGUCCAGGUUUUCCCAUCAUAUGAUUCCUGGUCCUCCUGGUCCCCACACAACUGGCAUCCCUCAUCCAGCUAUCGUAACGCCUCAGGUCAAGCAGGAACAUCCCCACACUGACAGUGACCUAAUGCACGUGAAGCCUCAGCAUGAACAGAGAAAGGAACAGGAGCCAAAAAGACCUCACAUUAAGAAGCCUCUGAACGCUUUUAUGUUAUACAUGAAAGAAAUGAGAGCGAAUGUUGUAGCUGAGUGUACUCUAAAAGAAAGUGCAGCUAUCAACCAGAUUCUGGGCAGAAGGUGGCAUGCCCUUUCCCGUGAAGAGCAGGCUAAAUAUUAUGAAUUAGCACGGAAGGAAAGACAGCUACAUAUGCAGCUCUAUCCAGGCUGGUCUGCAAGAGACAAUUACGGUAAGAAAAAGAAGAGGAAGAGAGAGAAACUCCAGGAGUCGACAUCAGGUACAGGUCCCAGAAUGACAGCUGCCUACAUCUGAAACAUGGUGGAAAACGAAGCUCAUUCCCAACGUGCAAAGCCAAGGCAGCGACCCCGGGACCUCUUCUAGAGAUGGAAGCUUGUUGAAAACCCAGACUGUCUCCAGGGCUUGCCCAGUCGACCCCAAUGGAGAAUUGACACCACCUUCACCCUGAGGUCACCGCUAGAGACGCUGAUCCAUAAAGACAAUCACUGCCAAACCCCCCUUCAUCUACUCCAAGAGCCAAGUUCCGAAAUCAAGCAUAAAAGGUUUCCCAGCCAAGCAGACAGAGCACCUGAGAACGCUAGCAGGCUGAGCAGCUGCCCUCCGUCCUCUCCGCGUGCACUUCUCAGCACUUCCCAGAGCGUCUUGCGUCCACACCUGUAACCUUUUGGCAAGGACAGUAACUUGGCUACGUUUGCCUGCCAGGAGCAACCCGAGCCUGCGGCCGGCACGUCCUCACACCCCAGCGCGGAACUUUGUGGAAGACGUCCCUCUUUGUUUAGGUCUUCUUCUUCUUCUUUUUUUUUUUUUUUUUUUGCCUUUCUCCUGAAGCUUUUAUUUAACAGUGCAAAAGGAUCAGUCUUGUGUUUGCUUUUUUUUUUAAACUUGAAUUUUUUUUUUUAAUUUACACUUUUUAGUUUAAACUUUCUUGUUGUAUAUUUUGCUAGCUAUGAGCUUUUAAGUAAAACUCAAAGAUCUGGAAAAGUUGGAAAUAAAAACGAAAUGAAAAGAAGCCGCCCUUUUCUGAGCGGCAUCUUUUCCGGCAAGUGGCUUCUCUGUGAAUUGUAACAAAUAGUGGCCUCCCGUCUUCGUAAGGUGUUUGAUAGAGCUAAAUAAAUGUAACAGCUGAAUCCACGCCGUGGGUAGCAGUUGGCAGUCCUAUUUCAUUUUAUUUUUCUUCUGAUCUCCUUUGUUUAAAUGGUAAACCUUGACACAUACCGUCAGCAGGCCGGUUUGCAGUGAAUUUUCCUUUCUUUCCUUUUCACCCCCUUGUUGUAAAAAGCCCAGCACUUGAAUUGUUAUUACUUUCAAUGUUCUGUAUUUGUAUCUGUUUUUAUUAGCCAAUUAGUGGGAUUUUAUGCCAGUUGUUAAAAUGAGCAUUGAUGUACCCAUUUUUUUUUUUUUUUGAAUAACAAGGCACAGCCUUUGCCCCAAACUGCCAUCUAACGUUUGUCAUUCCAGUUUGAGUUAACGUGCUGAGCAUUUUUUAAAAGAAGCUUUGUAAUAAAACAUUUUAAAACAA